AUGGCCAAUGCGAAGAACAGCAAGAAACGCAAGAGAAAGCCUACCGAAGCUAGUCCCAAGACUCCUACUCGAAGAUCAGCACGUUUUACUGCAGCCGCAAUAUCGGAAACAGCUGGACUUUCUGAUCCUGAUCCUCCACUCUGGUUCCCACCAAGCCCGACUCCUGUGGAACCCAUGGACACCACUCUAGCUGAUGAAGACUUGCAAGAGAUUCUAGACGACCCAGAAGCCAAUUCUACAGAUAUCUAUACCGCAGCUAACUCUGAUUCCGAUGACCCUACUGAUGCUAUAAUUCAACCAACAUCUGCCCUCAAAAUCAAGUUGCCUACAUCGCGCAAAGAAGGAUCCUCAUCCGUCGAAACCAUUACAAUCUCAAAGCGACCUAAAGCGAAUACAGGAAAGCAUUCAGCAACAACUGAGAAGAAUAAGGGAGCCGCAAUUGAGUUGGAAGAUGACGAGGAUGAUGAAGAAGCAGAGACCCGUAAAAACAAACAGCGCAUGGGGCACGACAUUCAAAUUGGCCGUCAAUGCUAUUCUAAUGGCUGUUCCCUGCAUCGAUAUUCCACGGCGCUGUCGAGCCAUGGUGUCACUCUCCGCACCCCUCCGAAAGCACCAUUAUUCAAUGCCUUUUUCACCCAACCAACCUCCUCCUCAUCAGCUCCACCACCUCAUGUUGAAGCUCUGCAUACCAUGGGAUACGGACAUUCUCAAUGGCCGCCUCCGCCACCGCCAUAUUAUUAUCCCCCGUAUACCUACCCCACUGCACCCCCGCCACCACCAACCACCAUUCCCGCUCCAACAUCAGCUCCCACCCAAACACUAAAUCGCACCUCUACCGCAUCAUCUCAUGGUACCCAAUCAGAUGAAUCAAAAUAUCCACUUCUUGCCGACUUUUUUUCAACGUUACUCACCCGUCAUCCUGAACGUCCAGCCCUUGCAACCUUUGCUGAUAUUUUCCAACAACAUGACAUUUUCGGAUUGCAAGAAAUUAUAGAGUUUGAUGAAGAUCGCUUGCGCAAUGACUUUGGAAUGUCUCUUGGAAAUGCUCGAUUCGUUUUGGGGAGGGUCAAGGCAGAGAAGAAACAAAUUGACCGUCUUUCAAGGAAGAAGUAA